GGUAUUAAUACAUUUACAAAAAUUUACCUAUGGCUAAUAAGUCAUAUUCUGGCUCAUUAAUCCCACUCGGCAAUUUUUCAUUAGUGAUGUAAAAAAUUUAAUUUUGCCAAAAGGAGGAAUAGCUGACAUUGGCAAACACAUUCGAUAUUAUGUUCUUCAUUCAUCAGAUAGCCCAAAUUACUCAUCCUCUAAAAAAUACAAUUAAAGUUCGUCCAACUGACCUACCUUCUUUGGAAGCGAUGUAAUGCCGUUAAUAUUGAAGCAAUGCAAUUGUACAAGGCGGCGAUAUUAGUAUGCGUGAGUAACAGAUUUGCGCGCCUUCAUUACCUUCCAUGGAUGGAUGAGUUCCCGCAUUUAACAACGUCAACGCUGCCGUGCAUACUCACCGAAAGCGUUGACACCACCCCCCGGGUCAAUGUAGAUUUUUGAUUGCCGGACUUUUGUUGUUGUUGCAUCAACGAUUUUCCAAUAUCAUGUCAUGUGUGGGGAGUUCAGUUGUUUGUUUUGGGUUUUCCUCCAACACUCGCUCUACACUGUCACUGUCCAGAAUUUUUGAAUUUAGUUUAUGGAAAGUAGCCAGAGCAACAACAUCAGCCGUCGUCAAAAAAAGAUCAACAUUACUCCCAACACUUGGCCGAACAAGCACAUCAACGUCAUACCUAGAACACAUUAAAGCUUGCGUUAGAACGAGGUAUCUGGAUUGGAUUUUAAUUAAGCGUAACGGUGGUUCGUUCCACUACAGCACAAUAUGAAAAUAAUUGAAAAUUCACAACACCACUAGGCGAGCUGGACAAACAGAACAGAACAGAAGAUCAACCCUACAAACGUAUAAUGGAUAUCAAAAUUAAGCAGAAGUUUGUCAAUGGAUUAUUCCGAAUUUUUGUUUGGCUACUGGCCAGUGGCAUCGCUGGAACUGAGGCGCAACAAACUCACAUUAAAUUAAACCAGGGCACUUUAGUGGGGUUAAAAGUAUUCCCGGAUUCUGCCCGCUCAGCCGUUUAUGCUUUUCUGGGUGUACCCUACGCCCAGGCACCCAUUGGGGAACUUCGAUUUGCUCCAAGCAAACCUCACAUGGGCUGGAAUAGAACUCUCCAGGCCAUGAGUAUGAAACCAAUAUGUCCACAAUUAUCGAAUACCAUUUACGAUGAAACUUCAGACGAACUAUUAGCUCGACCAGCUGAAAUGAGCGAAGAUUGUCUAUAUUUGAAUAUUUGGGUUUCUGAGAAUGGUUUACGAUAUGGAAAUUUGCCGGUCUUGGUGAUACUUACAGGCGAGGAUAUGUCCUACGAUUGGCCAAGGAAUCGAGUUACCGGUUUAGAUUUCGCUGCCGAAGGUUUAGUCGUCAUUACCAUACAAUAUCGGACAAAUAUAUUUGGUUGGAUGAAUGCAGCCGAUAACAGUGAACUCAACGGGAAUUAUGGCCUGCAAGAUCAAAGACUAGCUUUGGAAUGGAUUCGGGAUAAUGUUCAAAGUUUAGGUGGCAAUGUCAACCAAAUAACUUUGUUGGGCCAUGGGACGACAGGUGCAUCAUGUGUAGUCCUGCAUUACGUUCUGGGGUAUCAAUCAUCCAUCGGUUCUCCCACCACACCCCUAUUUAAUCAGAUGAUACUAAUGUCCAGUGGAAAUAUACAGAAGCACUUUGGGUCUGUUUCUACGGUGCAAGAAGCCUCCAAAGCUCUUAUACAAAAGUUGGGCUGUCAAUUUGAGGAACAUGGAAGGCAAGUCGUGUCAUGCCUGCGCUCCAAAAGUGUUGGUGACUUGCUCAAUGCCUUCGAGAGCAUUUACAACCAUGGCAAUAUCUCCCACCACUUGGCACCCAGUGUGGACUUUAAUUUCGACUCAAUUCUAACAAAUUCGAGCGUAAUGAAAAGCUUUCCCAACACCAUGAUAGGCAUUACAUCCAAUGAGGGGGCAUUCCUACAAGAUUAUUGGCUUGAAUUAGCCCGCGAUAGUUAUGCCAGUUUACGCACGUACAUCAACAACACAUUGCUGCCGAAAGCUCUGCCCAAUUUCCGCGCUCCAAACCAGAAUUAUGAAAAAAUAUUCGAAGCCCUGAAUUGGCGUUACUUUGGCAACGGUCUCGAAGGCGAUCGAAUUCAACUGCUCAGUUCAAUACAAAACUUCAUUUCGGAAUACGAAUACGAAAUACCAUUUUAUCGCUUAUUAAAUCAAAUUACAAACUCGUCUGCGCCGGGCGAUAUUUACGCCUAUGUGUUCGACUUUGACAAUUCGAUGGACAUGCGCGGCAAAGUAAACCUAUUUGGCGGUGCUUCCCACACUUCGGACCUGCCCCUGAUAUUUGGACCAUCUUUGUUUCAGCAAAUAGCUCGGCGACGUUUUACCAUUGAAGAAGAGAAAAUGUUUCGUAAAAUCAGAACGCCAAUCAUAAGUUUUAUAAAAAGUGGCAGUCCCAAUCCUGGACGCGCAUAUGAUGGCUGGUUGCCCUAUUCCCAACAAAAUAAGUUUAUUUAUAACCUGGGCGAAAUGUGGUUGCCCAAGCAGGAAAAUAGUCUGACUCUGGAUGCGAAAAACAGACAGCAAAUCAAAGAGCUGAUUGAUAUGGAAAAAAUUAUUUCAUCCCGACCACGACCAAAUCGCAAUGAAUUCAGCAAUUCCUACCAAAUGCCUUCAGACAAACGCUCGAUUCUCAAUUCAACAGGGAAUUCCAUUGCAAAACGAAACACCGAAUACUCAUUGCAUUUAAAACGGGUCUACGGAUAUUGGCAAGUCUUCUUGCCACAAAUUUUUGCCUCAUCUAAUGGCCAGUACAGCGACGACAUUGUCACCCAGCAUUUGCUCUACAAGGAAGCUUCAGCGGAUGCGGCCCGAUAUAAACACGGGUUCUUUGUAAUGUUGGGACUUGUUGCGGUUCUUCUUAGCCUAUUGGGUCUGUGCAUUUACUUGCUACGUCGCGAUCCUUUGGAUCCAUCACCGCAUUGUGAUUGUGAUUUAUGACAUAAGUGGACCCUUCGGCAAACAUUGUUUAAUUGCUGCUCCAAGAAAACAUUUUCAUCACAUCCUGACGUGACUCAUGAAUUCAGUCAGCCCGCAAUUGCAGAUAAUUGGUGCAGAGAAACACGUUUGCCGAAGCACAACAACUACCCAACACCGAAGCCAUUCGUCGACUACAAACAGCGUCAACGGCAACCCACUAUAGAGAUACCAACCCGAAGCAGCAAUCGUCGCAAAUCAACUAGAAGUGAAUUGAAAUCUUUGGAUGCUGCAAAAAAUACACCGACUCCGACACCGGCAUCGAAAUUGAAAUCAAUAACGACGAUAGUGUCCCAACAGAAUUCUGUGGUGAAUUCCCAGCAAUCAUCCCAACUUCCACACUUCACGGAUCCAAAUGGUAUUCGAAAUUGGCAAUAUCAGUUGACUUGUGAGAAACUUUGAGAAACUCAGCACAUUGCGUCCGCAUAAUAUUUGUUGAACAAACUCGCAGUUUUUCGUCCUAAAUUUUACAAUCUCGCACACCAAAGAAUAGAUUUUAAGUAAUUUUGUGUAUGUAUGUUAUGUAUAAUUAAUUUUUUUGCAAUAAAUAUGUAUGUGAUGUACCAAUUUCAUUCCAUUUAC